UAAGGCAUCAUGCACGAAGCGUUCCUACGCCAAUAACACGCACACAAAAAAUCAAAAAGCUUCAAUUGAAGCAAAGUACUUCGUACCAGCGUCACCGCCAGUCCAGAUUUCCUCUGGGGACAAUUUUCAAAUACGCCCACUCAACACAGCGAUCGGAUUUCCCAUAAGUAAAAUGUCUCGUUAGUUACGCGGAAAUACUUCUAGUAUCUGAACAUUAAUCCAGUAUAGUGAUGCAACUUGUACUGUAGCCAGGAAGUUUUGUUAGUGAAGAUGUUCGACUUUGGAAUUGUUCUUGUCGGAGUGUUUGUGAUGAAUAUAGUAUUACUGUCGGACGGCGCAACAAAAAUUUGGUUACGAGACACAGACAUACGAGAACGAGAAAAUUGGGUAGAUGGAAAGAUACAGGAAAAGUGUGACGGUUUAGUUUUUCCCGAAGAAGUGGACAGUGUAAUCUGGUUGGAUAUUUUCGACGCCAAGGAAAUUGUUUUGCCAAUAACUGGACAAAUAUUUUUACACCGAGACCAGGAGGACAUCGUGUUAAGUGAACGUUCAGCGAGUGUCAUGAACUGUGUGAAAUUGAAGGAAAUACAAUCAUACGAUUGGUACGAUCCCAGCAACUGGGAGAACCCUCUGUUAAAGAACAACAUCGCUGUACCCCAUUUAGAAAGAGUACCUUGCAGGGACAAAGUCGUGUUCCCUUUAGCAGAAUAUUCUGGUAGUAUCACGUUUUCCCAAUACAACCAUCGUACUUUGCCUUUAACUGGGUUCAAAUGGGGAGUAGAACAUUGGAUAACCGAUGAUUGGAAUCUCUAUGGACAACAGGGAAUCAUGAAAGAGAUAUUCUACGAUCCGCCCCCGAUCAUAAUCAGCGAAAGUUCGGAUGAUUCCACUAAACGUUGCUACGGCAUUCCCAGUUACAUAGUAUGUCAACAUGUAGAAGAACUUGAAGACUACAAAUGUCUAGAUCCAGUUCAACCACUUGGAUUUUGUACGAAAAUAUGUGGAGCACAUAUUUUAUUAAAGCCAGAUGUACCGCUGGACGACAUAAAAAAGAUCUUGAAAGCGCAUUCAUCAUAUUCUGACGUGCAUGCAAGUGAAGUACGCGUAGGCUUUGAGGAGUAUCAACAGGUGGUGUUCACCGAAAAAGAUUUUACCGGUUCCAGUUUGGAUGAGGCUAACGCAUUUCAUCAUAAAUUGGCCAAAAGUGCGUACCUAUAUGGAAUGUUUACAGUGCUCGGUGAAGAAGUGGUGAUAUCGAUUCAAAAAUCUGGGCCCUUCUUUGUGAAAGGCAGAGCGUUACAAGAAGCAAUAGGUAUAACUUUGGGCUCCCUUUGCCUUGUAAUUGUACUAAUAGGAGGACUUGUUUAUAUGUACUACUCGGAUUUUUCUGCAAACACUCUACGAAACAGGAUAAUAAAUGGUAGACCUUUGAGCAACGUGUUUGCGACAUUCAGCAGAGACAACGUAGGUUUGCAUUAUGAGAGGCAUCCAAGCGAAUCGUCGAUACAUUUGCCGGAAAAUUUUGAAAAUCCGAUGUACGGGAAAGAAACACCUGCUUCUUCAUAUAGCGAUGUUACAGCUACCACUACGGACGAGGUACCUUUACAAGAAGUUGAAAAAAACAAAAGCAAAGAAGAUAAAGAUGAGAAGAACGAAAAUGCGGAUGAAGAAUAAAAUUUUAUUAGCUUACAUGAAAAUAUUAAAUAACUCUGUGAUUUAUUGAAUUGAUUCUAUUGUACGAAGAAACAUAAAAUAGGACAUCGUCGUCUUCAUUGUCUGAAAUAAAAUAAACAUUAGUAAUGGCCUAUGAUAAAACCUUACGAUACUCCAGAAUUAAGAAGAUGCUAAUAAAAUUUCAAGAAUUACACGCAUUGUUGUACCGUAUUCUUAUUACAGAUGGGAAAUAAAAAUUUGCCAAAUUAGGA